AUGGCUUAUCGGGAAGCAGAGUCUGCUCGCUACGAGUUGCGUAUCGGCAUGGUGCUGGCCUUUAUCGGGAAGCGACAAGUCUUUUACGAAGCUAACUGUGAUCUGCGGCUCGCUGACUACAACUCUGACCUGUCUGAAGUGUCGCAGAAAAUGUCGCCAUUGGCUCAGUCCGUUCCAUUGAAGGGCCCCAGCGUCGUGGCUUCGCAGUACUUGGCUGCGCAAGCGAUGGUCAAACUGGUGUUGCUUGCACUGCUUGCGUUGAGCAGUGGACUGAAGCUUUCUGACAAGCAGGAGUUUGACUACGAUCAUCUACAGAGCAGUAUUGUGCGCAUCCAAACGGUCGGUGCCAGCUUCGACUGGUUUCGUCCCUUCAACCCGCAGGAUGGACAAGUGAGUCUGGGAAGCGGCUUCAUUGUCCAAACGGAACCUUACAUCCUCAUUGCAACGAACCAGCAUGUGAUUAACGAUGCACUGCGCGUGCAAGUCCAGCUUUUGCUGCAUAGUCAGAUGAAGUGGGAUGUGCAGAUCGUUUCCGCUUGCCCCAAGUUUGACCUGGCCCUCCUCACCUUGAAGGAUGACCAGGGCUUCAAGGCGACUCUGCGUAAGGCACAUCUGGAAGUCCAGCCUCUCAUCCUGCGACCUGGCACCUAA